GCGGGGCGCCGGCGCGUGCGGAGCGGAGCGGUAGCCGGGUGAUGCCCCGCAGCUGUCCGGGAAGCCGGGACGCCGAGCCCCGCGCGACCGCCCCAUGCCGCCCACUGGCUUAGAGCCCGCCAGGAUGAACAGGAAGAAAGGAGACAAGGGCUUUGAAAGCCCAAGGCCGUAUAAAUUAACCCAUCAGGUCGUCUGCAUCAACAACAUAAACUUCCAGAGAAAAUCUGUUGUGGGAUUUGUGGAACUGACUAUAUUUCCCACAGUUGCAAACUUGAAUAGAAUCAAAUUGAACAGCAAACAGUGUAGAAUAUACCGAGUAAGGAUCAAUGAUUUAGAAGCUGCUUUUAUUUAUAAUGAUCCAACUUUGGAAGUUUGUCACAGUGAAUCAAAACAGAGAAAUCUCAAUUACUUUUCCAAUGCUUACGCAGCUGCGGUGAGUGCUGUGGAUCCUGAUGCAGGAAAUGGAGAACUUUGUAUUAAGGUUCCAUCAGAGUUGUGGAAACACGUUGAUGAAUUAAAGGUCCUAAAGAUACACAUCAAUUUUUCUUUGGAUCAGCCAAAAGGAGGUCUUCAUUUUGUGGUACCCAGUGUAGAGGGAAGUAUGGCAGAGAGAGGUGCUCAUGUUUUCUCUUGUGGGUAUCAGAAUUCCACAAGAUUUUGGUUCCCAUGUGUUGACUCAUACUCUGAAUUAUGUACAUGGAAAUUAGAAUUUACAGUAGAUGCUGCGAUGGUGGCUGUUUCCAAUGGAGAUUUGGUGGAGACGGUGUAUACCCAUGAUAUGAGGAAAAAGACCUUCCAUUACAUGCUUACCAUUCCAACAGCUGCGUCAAAUAUCUCCUUGGCCAUUGGACCCUUUGAAAUACUUGUAGAUCCGUAUAUGCAUGAGGUUACUCAUUUUUGUUUACCCCAACUUCUUCCAUUGCUUAAACAUACCACUUCAUAUCUCCAUGAAGUUUUUGAAUUUUAUGAAGAAAUUCUUACAUGCCGAUACCCAUACUCUUGCUUUAAGACUGUAUUCAUUGAUGAGGCUUAUGUUGAAGUGGCUGCUUAUGCUUCUAUGAGCAUUUUUAGCACAAAUCUGUUACACAGUGCCAUGAUUAUAGAUGAGACACCUUUGACUAGAAGGUGUUUAGCCCAGUCCUUGGCCCAGCAGUUUUUUGGAUGUUUCAUAUCCAGAAUGUCUUGGUCUGAUGAAUGGGUACUGAAGGGAAUUUCAGGCUAUAUUUAUGGACUUUGGAUGAAAAAAACUUUUGGUGUUAAUGAAUACCGCCAUUGGAUUAAAGAGGAGCUGGAUAGAAUAGUGGCAUAUGAACUGAAAACUGGUGGAGUUUUACUACAUCCCAUAUUUGGUGGAGGAAAAGAGAAGGAUAAUCCAGCAUCCCAUCUACACUUUUCAAUAAAACAUCCCCAUACACUCUCCUGGGAGUACUAUACUAUGUUCCAGUGUAAAGCUCACCUUGUGAUGAGAUUGAUUGAAAAUAGGAUCAGUAUGGAAUUUAUGCUGCAAGUUUUCAAUAAACUGCUAAGUUUGGCUAGUACUGCUUCAUCUCAGAAGUUCCAGUCACAUAUGUGGAGUCAAAUGUUGGUUUCCACAUCUGGGUUUUUGAAAUCCAUCUCUAAUGUCUCUGGCAAAGACAUUCAGCCGUUAAUAAAGCAGUGGGUAGACCAGAGUGGAGUGGUAAAAUUUUAUGGAAGUUUUGCAUUUAAUAGAAAACGAAAUGUCUUGGAAUUGGAAAUAAAACAAGAUUAUACAUCUCCUGGAACUCAGAAAUAUGUGGGACCACUUAAAGUGACAGUGCAGGAGUUAGAUGGAUCCUUCAAUCACACAUUGCAAAUUGAAGAAAACAGCCUUAAACAUGAUAUACCCUGCCAUUCCAAAAGCAGAAGGAAUAAGAAGAAAAAAAUUCCACUGAUGAAUGGAGAGGAAGUUGAUAUGGAUCUUUCUGCAAUGGAUGCUGAUUCCCCUUUGCUGUGGAUCAGGAUAGACCCUGACAUGUCAGUGCUGAGGAAAGUAGAGUUUGAACAGGCCGAUUUCAUGUGGCAGUACCAGCUCCGCUAUGAGAGGGAUGUUGUUGCACAGCAAGAGUCCAUCUUAGCCUUGGAAAAGUUUCCCACUCCAGCGUCGAGACUUGCCCUCACUGACAUAUUAGAGCAAGAACAGUGCUUCUACCGAGUAAGAAUGUCAGCUUGCUUCUGCCUUGCAAAGAUUGCAAAUUCAAUGGUGAGCACAUGGACAGGACCACCAGCCAUGAAGUCACUCUUUACUAGAAUGUUUUGUUGUAAAACUUGUCCCAACAUUGUGAAAACAAACAACUUUAUGAGCUUUCAGAGUUAUUUUCUACAGAAGACUAUGCCAGUUGCAAUGGCUCUAUUGAGAGAUGUUCACAACCUUUGUCCCAAAGAAGUCUUAACAUUUAUUUUAGACUUAAUCAAGUACAAUGACAACAGAAAAAAUAAGUUUUCAGAUAACUAUUAUCGUGCAGAAAUGAUUGAUGCCCUUGCCAACUCUGUUACGCCUGCAGUCAGCGUAAAUAAUGAAGUCCGGACUUUAGAUAACUUAAACCCAGAUGUGCGACUCAUUCUUGAAGAAAUCACCAGGUUUUUGAAUAUGGAAAAACUUCUUCCAAGUUAUAGACACACCAUCACUGUGAGUUGUUUGAGAGCCAUACGAGUGCUUCAGAAGAAUGGACAUGUGCCGAGUGACCCAACUCUUUUUAAAUCUUACGCAGAAUAUGGCCACUUUGUGGACAUUAGGAUAGCAGCUUUGGAAGCAGUUGUUGAUUAUACUAAAGUGGACAGGAGUUAUGAAGAACUGCAGUGGCUCCUUAAUAUGAUUCAGAAUGACCCUGUACCCUAUGUAAGACAUAAGAUUCUAGACAUGUUGACUAAGAACCCGCCAUUUACUAAGAACAUGGAGUCUCCCUUAUGCAAUGAAGCCCUGGUAGAUCAACUUUGGAAACUUAUGAAUUCUGGUACUUCACAUGACUGGAGGCUACGGUGUGGUGCUGUGGAUUUGUACUUUACACUUUUUGGCCUCAGCAGACCUUCCUGUUUACCCUUGCCAGAGCUUGGGUUGGUUCUUAAUCUAAAAGAGAAAAAAGCUGUCUUGAAUCCGACCAUAAUUCCAGAGGCCAUCACAGGCAAUCAAGAAACUGCAGUUAAUCCAAGUAGCCACACACAGCUAGUUGGAUUUCAGAACCCUUUUUCAAGUUCUCAAGAUGAGGAGGAGAUUGACAUGGACACUGUUCAUGACAGCCAGGCGUUCAUUUCUCACCAUUUGAACAUGCUUGAAAGGCCAUCCACGCCAGGGCUCUCUAAAUAUCGACCAGCUUGCUCUCGAUCGGCUUUAAUACCCCAGCACUCACCAGGUGGUGAUGGCACACCUGCCACAAAACCCCAGUGGGGUCUGGAACUUGCACGGAAGGGAACAGGUAAAGAACAGUCACCUUUGGAGAUGAGUAUGCAUCCGGUUGCAACAGCUCCGCUCUCGGUAUUUUCUAAGGACUCGGCAUCCUCCAAACACGGCGAGCACCACCACCACCACCACCAUGAGCACAAGAAGAAGAAGAAGAAGCACAAGCACAAGCACAAGCACAAGCACAAGCACGAGAGUAAAGAGAAGGACAGGGAGCCUUUCCCUUUCUCCAGCCCCGCCAGCGGCAGGUCGGCUCGCUCUCCCUCCCUCUCCGACUGAGACGGGGCAAAGGGGCCCUUUCCCUCGGUGUCCGCAAGAUGGGUGUCACUAAAGCUUUCGCUCUGUCAAGAAUGAGAAGAGGGGGAAAUUGCCCCUCAUAGAAAUUCAGAACCCAUUUAAAUUCUAAAUAUUUGAUUUAUAUUAUUUAUACAGUUGGGAUGUGAUAAGGAAAAUGUGUUUAUGUUCUGAAUAAACCGUUUCAUCCCGUUACCUCCAUAAAGCUUGCACACACACACACACACACACACACACACACACACAGCUAACGUUUUUCCAUAAAGGCCCUCACGUCCCCUGGCGGGCCCCAUUCACAUCGUGGACUCUGUGUGUACUGCCAGAAAUUAUGUUUGAAAGCCUUUGAUGGAUGUUAUCGGGCAAAGUUUUAAACAGAAGCUACUGCCAAAUCUGUGGUGAAACCACGACUUCCAGUGAUAUAGUACAUAACACCAUUUGGAACUACUGAACAAGGCAGAAGCUUUUCUGUAGGGAUCUCUCUAGUGCAUGUUUUUUUGUGUGUGUUAACCACAGAACCUAAGCAUCAGAAUUUAUAAACAAGACUACAUGGUAUUUUCUUUUGCCCUAAAAUACUGAAAUUUUUAGAAGCAGCUUUACAAAAAAAAAAAUUGAAAAACUCUUUUGAUAAUGCACUUGGCAAUUAUGAUGUUGGAAUUUAACAGAACCAUCAAAUCCAGUUCUCAAAUCAAGAUGUUUAAAUUAUGUUAUUUUUUUCAUUAGGUAUAAGUGACUAUCCAUAUGUAGAAUAUGUUUGCCAAAUGUGAACAAUUUACACACCCAACACAUUCUAAAAUUAUUUCCAUAUAAUAAAUUAUGAUGCCUUAAAAUGGUGUCUAUAGACUGUUUAUUAACUUUAACAUAGACAGUUUGGCCUGAAGAACAUGAACGUUUCGGUUUUAUACUUCAAUAGUUUGUAUGUUUGUAUGUUUUUGUUUUUAUUUCUGAAUUUACCAUGUACUUUAUUGUUUGUUUAAAAAAUUUUCAUACGUGUUAUUUUUAUCAUUUAGGAAGUUUGGAAGAUGCUUCUUCCCAGGGUAGAUAUUUCAAAGGGAUCUAAUAGUUAGAUUUUUAAAUGUAUUUGUAUUUAACUUGUUUAAUAAAUAACUUUUUAAAUGGAUCA